GCCAUUGGUAUGGGGUACCCAGUGAAAGUCCCAUAUCGAAAAAUCACUGUCAACCCUGGCUGCGUGGUGGUGGAUGGAAUGCCCCCUGGCGUCUCGUUCAAAGCUCCCAGCUAUCUUGAAAUCAGUUCCAUGAGGAAGAUUUUGGAUUCAGCAGAGUUCAUCAAAUUUACUGUCAUUAGACCAUUCCCUGGACUUGUAAUGAAUAAUCAAGUUGCUGAGAAAGCUGAACCGGAAGCACCAGCUGCAGCUGCGCCAGCCUCGGAACCAGUGGUGCAAGAUCCAGUUGAACCAGACCAAAUAGUAGAAGUAUCUGUGGAGGAUGAUUCAGUGCAGACUGAAGGAAACACUCCAAUAAAACAGGAACCAGAUCCGACGUGGUAGACAGCCACCGGCAUUAGGUCAAAGGCAUCCAGGAUUGCGAAGAGUUUGCUGGAACGGCUCUGGGCUGUGUAAUAUAACUGUAUAAGAGAAGUACCUUCUAUACACCUUUCCUCACCCCUGCCCCCCCUUCACUUCUCUCCCCCCCCCCCAUUUUUUUGUACUUUUAGAUAGAAAUAUCUACUUUGUUCAGAAUUCCUGGGAUUUUGACAUGAAGCAAUGAAAAUGUCUUCACCAUGGCUUAUGUUAUUUUAAAGACCGAAUUGGAGGAUCAGAUGCUGGACACGUGACUUAUGAUUGUUCUUUUGUUUGUUUGUUUUUUAAAUUAAACGAAAUCAACAGGAAUUUGCAAAGUAUAUCUGCCUUUCUGAGUUAAAAACCGAAUUUUACUGCCCCUCGAUACAUCUUGGCCUUGAUUGAAGGAGGAGAAAAACCAUGCCUACGGUAGUUCAGGUUGUCAGGGGGUUGGUUCUGUCUCUCCCCCCCCUGCUGGGGGGGAAGAGAGGAGGGAGGGGGUGGGAUUUGAAAUUAUUCACUGCAGUUUUCAUUCUCUUUCUCCUUUAAUGGCUAAUUGGACAAUAGUAUCUGUAUAUUUGAAAUAAUUUUUUCCUAUGAUAUAUAUCUCUCAACUCAUAUGUUUUUAAUAAAAACUGGUU